AUGGCCUCGGAAAACGUGUCUUCUGGAGAGGUCAAGAAGCCUCGGCUCGAGUCACCUCUGAUCGGAACUCAUAGUGGCACCUUCCAUGCUGAUGAAGCAUUGGCUGUCAGCUUGUUAAGAAGCUUGGACAAAUUCAAAUCAUCUCGUUUGGUGAGAACCAGAGAUCCCGCCGUGCUUGAAACUUGCGAUAUCGUUGUUGAUGUAGGUGGACAAUAUGACCCAGCGCGUCAUCGCUACGAUCACCAUCAACGCGAGUUCUCAGAGACCUAUUCAGGAGACCAUCGCACAAAGCUUUCCUCCGCUGGUCUGAUUUACAAACAUUUCGCGUCAGAAAUCGUGGCCAGUCAUUUGAACAUUCCCAUCAAUGACCCCACAGUUCCAAUUCUCGUCGCGAAACUGUACGAUGGUUUCAUUGAAGCGAUCGACGCGAUUGACAAUGGCAUAGAACGGUACGAAACUGUUGACCAGGACGGCAAACCUACCGAUCUAACCGUCAAAACCAGAUACCAAUCUUCUACCGACUUGAGCAGUCGCAUAAGUCAUCUGAACCCCGCGUGGAAUGAGCCGGUCAACAACGCAAUUCUAGAUGCUCAAUUCGAAAAAGCCUCUAGUCUCGCAGGAUCCGAAUUCUUUUCUCGCUUAGAUUAUUUCUCCAAGGCUUGGUUACCUGGUCGAGAGCUGGUUGUUAAAGCUUUGGAGAACCGGUUUACUAAUCAGGCCCAAGACAAACUGGGCAGAGUGCUCAUCUUCGAUAGCUUUUGCCCUUGGAAAGAUCACCUUCACACCUUGGAGAAGACCACCCUGACAGAGUCCUGUGAGCGACCUCUGUAUGUUCUUUACGCAGACGAGAGUCAAAACUGGAGGAUCCAGGCCAUCCCCGUGAGCCCGGGGGGAUUUGAAUCACGUAAAGCACUGCCCGAAGCCUGGCGUGGGGUGCGGGAUUCAGCUCUCAGUGAGCUCAUCGACAUCCCUGGCUGCAUUUUCGUACACGCUUCCGGCUUUAUCGGCGGCCAUCAAAACUUCGAGGGUGCCUUGAAAAUGGCUCAAAAGGCGCUUGAAGCCUAG